AUAUAAUACAACAAAUUCCAUGUUUCUUCCUUGACCUUUCAAGGCCAAUAGAAGAGCAAAAACACUACAAAUUGCAUUGGUGAAGCAUGCUAUGGUUGUAUUGUAGUAGUUGUAGUUGAACGACGACGACCGAUGAACGCCGGAUGUUUGUUUCCGGUGAAAACCAUUCAACAAACAUCCCUAAAGAAGCGGCUUUUGAGGGCAAUUGCUCCUAGACUCAACGUGACGACGCACACUAAUCAUCGCAUAUUGCUCAAUUUCAAGGACGAUGAUGAUAUUAACGGAGACAUUGUUCGGACCGCAAGUCUUAAAAGCGCCUCAAUUUCUUCUCUCACUGCUCGUUCGCCGAAGAUGGAGAAGAAAGAGCAAGUUUACCAGUACAUCGUCGUCAUGAGGCAUGGAGACCGCCUCGACAACGUUGACCCGCUCUGGAUUACCCAGUCCCAACGGCCCUGGGAUCCGCCGCUCCACCAAGACGGCAAGACCCGAGCCUUCACAACUGGCCAGAGCCUCCGCCAAAAUCUCGGGGCCCCGAUCAACCGCGCCUUCGUUUCUCCAUUUCUUCGCUGCCUCCAGACCGCAUCCGAGGCGGUCCGAGCUCUCUGCACCGUCGCCGAUCCCAAUAAUCUCUCUUCCGAUGCCGAUCUUUCCAAAAUCAAGGUUUCUAUUGAAAUAGGAUUAUGUGAAAUGUUGAACCGACAAGCAAUAAGAGCUAAUGUAGCUCCAAAGGAUGGAGAUUUUAAAUUCAAUAUCUCUGAAUGUGAAGCUCAGUUACCAACUGGAACUAUAGAUCACAGUGCAGAACGAGUCUACGAGAAGUUACCAGAGUGGGAAGAGACCGCGCCAGCUGCAAGGGCUCGGUACAUGGAGGUUGUUAAGGCACUUGCUGAUAAAUAUCCAUCUGAGAACUUGUUGCUUGUGACACAUGGGGAGGGAGUAGGCUCUGUAUUCUCUGCAGUCAUGAAUGGCGUUACUGUUUAUGACGUAGAAUAUUGUGGAUUCACAAUCUUAAGGAGAUGUAUCCACUUGGGCGAGAACCAGUCGUUUGCUGCUGGAGAGCUUACGCACCAGAGUGAAUUUGGCAUAAAGUUUUUGGCUGCGGCUGAUGAGUGAUGAUCCUACACUCAACUGAGGUUCAACUCUUCUGGCUCAGUAUUCACUUCAAAUAAACUUUUAUCAUGUCACUUGUGAUUCUUGAAAAUGAUUUGACUUGAUAGUCUUAUUUGAUUUAAAUUAUAAGGUUAUAUUUAUCUAUUCAA